AUGGCUAAAAAUAUUUUUCGUGAAUACCAAGAUUUUCUUGAUGACGAACUACAGGACAAUGUAUAUCACAGGAAAGUGCAAACUAUGAUUAAUGAAAAUGGCAGAAGAUUAAUCAUUGACAUUGAUGACGUACGUAAGUACAAUUUUAAUAGUGCCAAACAAUUAAUAAGUAAUUAUACCGACGAAGAAGUAGAACUAAAGCGUGCCAUCAAAGAAUGUGUUAGGUCCAUAAACACAGACUAUGAGAAUAAGUAUGGCGAAUUCUUUGUUGGUUUAUAUGGCUCAUUUGGACGGCAACAUGUCACCCCACGGACAUUGAGGUCAAAGUUCCUCGGUAGUUUAGUUUGUUUGGAAGGUGUAGUGACGAGGUGUUCGGAGGUUAAAACUGUUUUAUUGAAAAGUGUUCACUAUUGCCCGGCCACUAAAAUAUUUCUGAACACGUACAGACUUCACGUCACCAUCAUAUAG